CACCCCUGCAACACCAUGAAGUCCAUCUGCCUGCUGCCCUUCGUGCUCGCCUCCUUCGCGAGGGCGAGCGUCAUCCCGUCUCUCUAUGGUGCCCACGCUGUGGCUCCCGCCGCCGUGGCCUACUCCAACGUGAACCUGAACGUGCCCGCGCCCGUGCCCGCCGGCGAGGCCCCCGCCCCCGAACUGCUGGUCCAGCGCACGCCCGUCAAGGCGCUCGGCCGCCCCGUCAUCUCCUACACUCCUCAGGUCACCGAGGUUCGCCCCGAGCUCAAGAUCAUCGAGAGGACCUACGACGUGGCCGUCCCCAAGCCCGUCUACGAGACCAAGGAGGUCACCCCCAUCCAGCACAAGUACGUGCCUGAGCCCUACGCCGUGCCCCAGCCCGUCGCCGUGCCCCAGCCCUACGCCGUGCCACAGCCCUACCCCGUGCCCGUGCCCGUGCACGAGCAGGUCCACGUACAGCACCACGUUGCCGCCGCCCCCGCCGCCGUCACCUACGGCGCUGCCCACGGUGUCGUUGCCCACGGGGCUGUCGUCGGCGCUGCCCCUUUUACCCACGGCAUCGCUGCCCACGGUGCCGUGUCCCACUACGCCAAAGAUUAUUAGGCAUACCUGACGACCACUGCCAGCGGGGAAGGACAGCACAGAGAGGUGUGGCCAGCCCUUCGGGGAAUCUCAACACAGUCUCUGCCGCGGUCGCCACGGACUUCGCAGUGAAGCCUUAAGUGGUGUGUGUAUAUAUUUCGAUUCCUUAAAAUCAUUUUUUUUAUUAGAGAGACGAAAUUCGGCCUCAAUGUUCCCACCCUGUCUAUAUCCCAAUUCCGAAUUAUGUAUUCCCGAUCCAAAUACCAUUUCUCUUACAUUAAAAGCAAAAUUUUCUCUUCUGA